GCUAACCGGAUCUGACAUGGCGGGGCUUGAGUCUAGUGAUGCCUAAGCUCGACACACCUGAAACGUCAUCAGAAUCUCGUCUUGCGCAAACUCCGAUACAGCUCUAGCUAUCUGGUCAGGCUAUCAGAUACUCAGAAGUUUCUCAGAUACCAAUCGAUAUCUUUGCCUGCAUUGCAAUGUCUAAACCAAGGCGUUAUCCUGCGAUGCCAGGUGGUUGUGCGUGCGACACAGUUAAAUUCCGACUGGAAACGAUUCCUUUGUUCGUGUACGCCUGCCACUGCACCGACUGCCAGAAGGAAACUGGGUCAGCUUUUGCGGUCUCAGCGCAAAUAGAAGCAGAUCUCAUCAAAGUGACCAGCGAGACGAAACCCCAGAUCAUCUUGGAAAGGACCACCAAAGGCUUAUGGAAGACGCUGGGCCAGUGCCCGAAGUGCAGGACCGUGUUAUGGCGAGCUGGAAGUUGGGCACCUGGCUUGAUGAAUGUUUCUGUUGGAUGCUUGGAUCAUCCAAAUUAUCUCCCCCCGGAUAUCCACUCUUUUGUUGAUAACAAACUGGACUGGGUUCUCCUUCCUGAAGACGCAGUCACGGCGAAAGCGAGAUUCGAUCCGGAGAAGGUGUGGCCAAAGAUCAGCCGCCUAAGAUUGGAAGCUUUCAAAAAGAGGUACGAUGCUGCCGCCGCGGAAGGCAUCACCUGGUACGAAACCGAGGCCGAGGCCGAGAAGACUCCUACCGCGGAGACCCCCGAGGAACAGUUGAGUGACGAAGAAUUGGACAAACGCUACGCCGAGCGCGAGAAAGAACUACAAGAAAGAUUGGAGCAGCUCACUUUGAAGCUCAGCCAUACGGAAAGGCCACCAGUCUCUGUGGCCGUGGAAACGAAACCAUCGGAGGCUCAGACGAGUAAUUCGGGAAAGCCAAACUCGCAAGUCGAUGAAUCGGAUGCGAAAAAGUCUGAGACUUAACUUCGCUCAAACCGUGGUUUGAAAAUUGUACAUGCGUUGGGUCCAAAAUUGGGACGUCGAAGGGUUUUGAGGGUUAUCCGGAAUCUAAUAGCAUCCUCUUGCUUGGUCAUUUGGAUCCGCUGAGUUAGUUAGAUAGCACCAAUCUC